AUGUACGUCGAAGGUGUGAAUGCGCGAGCAUUGGCGGAUGCAUGUACCCUUCUUAGGGCAACUAUUGCAAAGACGAGAGGAGGCGCGGGACAGCUCGUCGACAUUGUCCUGGCCGGAGACUUGAACAGGCAUGAUCAGCUAUGGGAAGGCGAGGAUGUUUCCUUGAUCAGACAAGGCGAGGCGGAUGACAUUAUCAAUCUCAUGAGUGACUACAGUCUUAGCAGUCUACUGCCUAGAGGUACAAAAACUUGGCAAGGAGGGAACUACGAGUCAACAAUCGAUCCGGUCCUGGCUACUGAGGAACUAGCAGGCAGCGUCCGUAACCGUGCCAGAGCGGUAAGACGCGCUGGAUACACUGACGAGGACCUCAUUGAGACUGCCAAGGCAGCGGCCAAGCAGUAUCACGAUGCCAUACGACUACAAAAGAAAUCACACUGGGAGAAUUUUUUGGCAGACAACGAUAACAUUUGGAAGGCCGCCAAAUAUCUCAAAUCAGGCAACGAAUCGGCGUUCGGCAGGGUACCACGACUCUUGAGAGCAGAUGGAACCCGUACAAAUUCCCAUACAGAACAAGCAGAGGAGCUCCUAACCACAUUCUUUCCGCCGCUACCUGAGCAUAUCGAAGAGGAAGGCGAGCGCCCACAGCGGGCUGCUGUGCCUUUGCCGGAGCUAACUCUGGAAGAAGUACAGCGUCAACUCAUGUCGGCCAAAUCCUGGAAAGCGCCGGGUGAAGAUGGGCUGCCGACGGUGGUCUGGCAACAGGUCUGGCCGGCGGUCAAGCACCAGGUGAUGGCGUUGUUCCAGGCUUCUCUCGACGAGGGAAUUUUGCCGCAUCAGUGGCGACACGCCAAGAUUGUACCACUCAAGAAAGGCGGCAAAGAAGACUACAGCGUCGCAGGAUCCUGGCGACCGAUAUCUUUGCUGUGCACGCUAGGCAAGAUAUUAGAGUCCGUCAUUGCCGAAAGAAUCUCCCAUGCGGUGGAGACGUUUGGCCUGCUCCCGACCAACCACUUUGGAGGACGCAAGCAAAGGUCUGCAGAACAGGCGCUACUGCUGCUGCAAGAACAAAUUUACGCGGCUUGGAGAGGAGGACGGGUGUUGAGUCUCGUCAGCUUUGAUGUGAAAGGUGCAUACAACGGCGUGUUCAAGGACCGACUGCUCCAAAGGAUGCGGGCAAGAGGGAUGCCAGAGAAAAUUGACAGUCGAAGCGGAAGGUUUUCUCCUUCACCCUGGGAGCGCGAACAGAACCCAUUCUCAGGCGAAUUGGCGGCCAUGGCGUAUGCGUUGCGUAAUCUGCCGCACAGCGAGCAUCAGAAUAUCGCCCUCUUCACGCGCAACAAGGGAGCGGUGGCUGCCCUGAGUCGGCCGUAUCAGCAAUCAGGACAAGAGUUCAUCAAAUGCAUCUACGACUUGGUAGAUCAGCUGAUUGGCAAGGCAAACACCAUUGCUAUAAGAUGGGAUUCAUCGGAUAAGAACAAACUAUUGCAAGCGGCCAAGAUACAAGCAAAGACUGCAACGCAGCAAGGCACGGCACCCGAGGUUCAGUUUCCGCUGAUGAAAUCCACGACUUUGAACAUUGAACGAAGAAAACUUGAAGGUGAACGGUGUUUGCCUGAAGACGUAGGAAAGUUCUCCAAGAGGAUUGAUGCCGCUCUUCCUGGGAACCACACACGUGAAAUUUACGAGGAAUGGUCAUGGAGGGAGCGCUCAGCGCUUGCCCAAUUGAGAACAGGCAUGGCAAAACUGAAUAGCUAUCUCCACCGCAUCAAGGCAGUGACUUCUGAACAAUGCGCAUGCGGGCACGCGAGGGAAACUGUGGAGCAUUUUCUCUUCCAAUGCCCGCAAUGGAACGAACAGCGGAAGAGUUGUGAGCAAGCACGAGCACGAGAUGGAAUGAUUUGUCCCUCCGGUUGGGAGGGAAGUCGGCAUCGGACGGAGCGAAAUGGCAAUCGCGCGUGGGUGCAGUUCGAGCAACGAUAUGGUUUACACUUGCGACAGGACGCUUUGACAACUGAAAGGAAAUCAGCCUGGCUCGACAUUUUUGCUACACGUAAGGUAGAUCAACUUCCCGUUACACAGCGGUCAGCCUCGACAGACAUGGCUUGUGACGCUUCGGUCGCUGAAAGAUAG